GCCUCGGCCAGCGCCCCGGGCGGCGGACCCCUACCCACGGGGCACGCUCGGGGCCGCCCGGGGGGCAGCUUUACGGAAGGUGUUGCUCGAAAUGAGGGUGUCUUGCCGACUGGGAAGGGCUGGAUGGGACGGGCCGCUCUGCGGGCGAAGGAGUGGGUUACCGCGCCGCGGGGGCUGGCGGGGGUCUGGGUGUCGUCCCUGCGUGGUGCCCACACCUGUCAACAGCGACGCCGUCUCCCGCCCGCCUGCUCCUGAGUGAAAUAGAGAAUCUGACUCCAGAGUGGGGGCUCUUGAAACCUUGGAUUUUUCAAAGACAUUACCCAGGCUACACUGCAGAGCUGUGGCGCGCCUUCUGUGGCGUCCUAGUUCUGCCACUUGGGGAGAAAAGACCAUAUGGAUUGACGACCAAGGGUAUUUCUUGUGCCCCACGUGAGGAACUGAUAGUCCCUAUCAAGACGACCUGCUGAACUUGGUCUGUUUGACCAGCUCGGUUUGGCCAUCGCUGACGAGAAGCUGGAUCUCUGGGGGUUCCAAGCUUGGUGUGAAUUCAGGAAGGAAAAGAGUAUAAGAUCCUGUCACACAGGACAGUAUGCACAUUAAGAUCCUGAAGAAAAGGCGCAAAAUGUCCAAGUAAUGUUUGGAAGUAAUCUGUGAGGGUGCGUCAGGGAAAUCAUGCCGUCAUCAGGACACCGGCUCCGAGACGUCGAACAUCAUCCUCUCCUGACUGAAAAUGACAGUUAUGACUCUUCGUCCUCCUCCUCGUCUGAGGCUGGCGUGGCAGACGGGGUCUGGUUCAUUCGCGACGGCUGUGGGAUGGUCUGCGCCGUCAUGACCUGGCUUCUCGUUGUCUAUGCGGACUUCGUGGUGACAUUUGUCAUGCUGCUGCCUUCCAAAGACUUCUGGUACGCCGUGGCCAACGGCGUUGUCUUCAACUGCUUAGCGGUGCUGGCCCUGUCGUCCCACCUGAGAACCAUGCUCACCGACCCUGGGGCAGUACCGAAAGGAAACGCCACUAAAGAGUACAUGGAGAGCUUGCAGCUGAAGCCGGGAGAGGUGGUCUACAAGUGCCCCAAGUGCUGCUGCAUCAAGCCGGAGCGCGCCCACCACUGCAGUAUUUGCAAGAGAUGCAUUCGGAAAAUGGACCAUCACUGCCCGUGGGUGAACAACUGUGUGGGAGAGAAGAACCAGAGGUUUUUUGUGCUCUUCACUAUGUACAUAGCCCUGUCUUCAGUCCACGCCCUGAUUCUCUGCGGACUCCAGUUCGUUUCCUGUGUCCGAGGGCAGUGGACCGAAUGCAGUGACUUUUCACCUCCAAUAACUGUCAUCUUGUUGAUCUUCCUGUGCCUUGAGGGUCUUCUGUUUUUCACUUUCACUGCAGUUAUGUUUGGCACCCAAAUCCACUCAAUAUGCAAUGACGAAACGGAGAUUGAGAGAUUGAAAAGUGAGAAACCAACAUGGGAGCGGAGGCUGCGGUGGGAAGGGAUGAAGUCUGUCUUCGGGGGGCCCCCCUCGCUCCUCUGGAUGAACCCCUUUGUCGGCUUCCGAUUUAGGCGGCUGCAAACAAGACCCAGGAAAGGAGGCCCGGAACUCUCUGUCUGAGGCCUCCCGUCAUGCUGGAACCUAUCAACAGACUUGAAUUAUUUAUCUGGGGUCUGAAAGGGCACCACCAGCUCAUCUGUGACCAGUAGGGCAAAUGGAACCUACACAGAGCAGCCGUGGCAGCAGGCACGGUUUGUAGUCACAGUUGCAGAUCCUCCACGUUGGCAGCUGGACGAUGCUCUGCCCAGUUUUCAUCUGUACAACUAACAAGAGGUAUGUGGCCACAUGAAGAAGCCAAAUGUCACUAUCUUCCUGCACAGUUAGGAGCUUGUUAGGAAUACUUUGCAUUUUCUAAGAAGUUGUGUGGGAGUCACACGGGCUAUUGAACUCCUGUGUGCUGAGCAGCUUUUCAGUCAUGAAGAAAAAAGCUAAGCCAGGGAGCAGGAAUUCCUGGACUGGUGGUUUCUGGGCGUCUGUUGACCCUGGUUCUUAGUGUCUCCUGAUGAGGGAGGGGCGUUUGCAUACGCAUGACUCCACUCUGGGCGGCUCUGACACGUUGCAUGAAUUUGCAGGGGACCUAUGCACCGGGCAGAAGGCAGUCAGUGUUGGGGGAACCCUCAGCACACGGGGGCUUCAUCCACCCUCACGGCAAGUCUGUGCAUGCGUGCAUGUGUGUGUGCACAGUGUUAGAAUCGGCAGUGUGUCUAGGCGCUGUAAUGUGCGAUGGCCGUGUGCAGCCAACUAGCUGUUUCCAGAAGCCAACAUUUCAGGGACAAGGGGGGCUGCGGCGGCCUCCAUGUGGGGCGACCAUGAAUGAAUGAAUGUAUUGCAUGUGGGAGAGGGUCUUCGUCCAAAGAACAGUCACUCCCCUGUGGUCCUCCGAUGCCUCCUGUUUUGAGUUUAUUUUUAAAAUCAGGAGUGCAUGAGGUCCUUGGAAGUGACUUCUUGUUCCAGCCAAAUUAGCAGCGUGUAAACAGCACCUCAGUAAGAGAGGGGCAAAGUCUGGUGGUGGCCUGACGCUCUGUGCAGCCUGGCGGGUGGGUGUGCCAGGAAGGGCUGGCACAGCAGCAGUGUAAUGCCAGGCGCGAUAGGUGUUGGCCUGUGGUGGUACUGAGGUGAGGACCCCCAGGCAGCGAGCCCCGGGCUCCAUGCCUCACUCGGCAGAGAAUAUUCAGGGUGGCAAUGGCUUGAUUUUUGUUGUUCUUAUCAUUUAUGUUUGUUUCUCUACCAUGUCACAAAUGAGAAAUAGGGCCCUUGGUACAGAGCUUAAAAUUAUGCCAGAACACAAACAGCUCCCUCCUCGGGGACUCGCCUUAACUUGCCUGGGCUGCACACGCUUUGUGGGACUCACGAGGAAGCAGUCUGCGACGGUCUGGGGGUCCCCUUUACGCCUGCCUCCCAAGCCGAGCAGAGCCGGCGUUGCCCUCCUGGUCUUCACGCCUUUCCGUUCAUCUGUGAGCCAUUUUGUUUCUGUGUUUAAUUAAUCUGCGCCCUGUCCUAAUCAGGGCUUCUGCUGCUGCUGAUCAGAGCCACAAAGGGACCUGCUGGGACACACUCAGAGCCACGUGGACAAAGCCACAGGAUGCUUUUGAGACGGACUGAGUCCCUGCAGAAAUGCGUGCGCUGUCCGGCAAUGGGAUGUGUCACAGCCAGAGGGAAGAGGAGUGGGGGACCAGGGGGCGGGGAAUUUCCAGAGAUUGUUUUGCAUAUUCAUUUGCACAUCUUGUCUGGGUUGGACAUGUGUAUUGGGCUUCCAUAUGAGGCUUUUAAUAUGUAUAUCCUGUUUAUCAAUUUAGAAAAUUACCGAAGUGGUUGAACCCUGUGAGACUUGGCGAGUGUGUGCGAAACCACCUCUUGACUUCAACCUCUUCUCUCAAUGUAAUUUUUAUAUGAAAUAAAGUCGCCAGUUGACAGUUCUCAAUUUA